AUGGGGACACUGGCCUCUACGCCUGCCCUUCCGCCUUCAACCACACAAACAGCCGGUGGCGCCACAUCGUCGUGCGGUGGAAAGGUUAAUUCGGCGGGGAAGAAGAUUUGCUGCGUUUGCAAAGAAACCAAAGCGGCACGGGAUGAAUGCAUCGUUUUAAAUGGGGAGGAGAACUGUAAGACUUUUAUCGAGGCGCACAACCAAUGUCUGCGGAGCGAAGGGUUCGAUGUCCAGUGA